AUGGACAAGGACUUUCAGGGCAGCCAGAGGAGAGAAGGUGUCCUUAAUUUUAGUGUGACUGCCCUGAAAGGUGCUCCUGUUGGCUCAGAGCUGUGGCUGUGCCAGCCAACACCCAGGUGUGGGGACCGGAUCUACAACCCCUGGGAGCGGUGCUGUGACGAUGACACUGUCCUGCCCCUGAACCGGACCCAUCUCUGUGGACCCAACUGCACCUUCUGGCCCUGCUUUGAGCUCUGCUGCCCGGAGUCCUUUGGCCCCCAGAGAAAGUUUGUUGUGAAGUUGAAGGUUCUGGGUGUGAAGUCCCAAUAG